AUGCCGCAGGAUAUGCCGCCAACGGGCGGCUACAGCCCCGUACAAUACAAGCGCAACUUGCCUGUUCGAGGCUUCCGCCCCGCCGCAUACCUUUUCGGAACCGCGGCGCUCAUGACAUACGGAUUCUGGAGAGUUGGACAGGGUAUCAGGGAGCACAACGAACUCGCACGCGAGAAGAUGUGGGCGCGGAUACACCUCAUUCCAGCGCUACAAGCCGAAGAAGACCGGGACCAAGUACGAAGACAUUUGGCGGACAAGGCGAGGGAGAAGGAGCUACUGGGCACAGAGACCAAGGUCUACAACACCGACAGAUUCGUUCGACCUACCUUUGCGAUCACACCCGAACACGAGACAAAAUAG